UAGGAAGCCGACUGCUCUGACCCAGCGUGUGUGUGGCAGAGUGUGAGCCUGAAUGGGUGGGUGUGCCGACAGCAGCUGACAGAGGUGAUUUCAACUGUUUCUCCAGUUUUAAAAGAUAAAAACGCUUCAGAAUCCGGAUAAUCACAAAGAACAGCGAUGCCCUGUGUACAAGCCCAGUAUGCAUCUCUGCCCUAUGACAACUUCUUCAGCUCUGAGUUCUUAAAUCCUGACCUCAGUGCCAAACUGGCGAUGGAAAUCUCUGGCCAAAAGGACCAGCUGUCAUCAUCCUCACUGCCUAGCAUCAACACCUUGAUGGGAAAUGGUUACAUUGGGGAGUUUGAUGCUUACUCCUGCAAGGUUACCACUUCCCCUCCUGCCUCUGCAGCUUCUUACAACCAUGCUGCUGCAGCCGAAAGCCCUAGCCCACAGAUGCAGAACCAAGCCUUCAAGCUGGAUGAUCUUCAAGUGUAUGGCUGCUACCCAGGAUCCUUUUCUCUCAGCUGUCUUGAAGAAACACACUCAUCAUGUGGAUCUGAUUAUUAUGGAAGCCCCAUCUAUGGCACUGGUUCUCCUCCAACACCAGGCUUUCAGACUGAGUCUGCAGCUGUCUGGGAUUCCCCUUUCAGCCCCUUCCCUCCAGCCCUCCCCUCCUCUGUUGAGAAGGCCACCAUGGCGCAGCAGUUUUCAUUUUUUACCUUCAGCAAUGCACAGGAGCAGCACUCUCCUUUGGGUCAACAUCAGGAUCUACCAUCUUGUCAAGAAGAUGGCUUCUUUCAUCUCUCACAACAUCAGCAUGUCUCCCCACUUCACUGUCCCCCCCUGUCCCUGGACCAUGGACGGCUGGGAAGCCCGAGGGCACUGGAGGAGGCUAUGAUGUCUCAGAAAACCCCCAGCCUUGGAUCCAGUGAGGGUCGCUGUGCAGUGUGUGGCGACAACGCAUCCUGUCAGCACUAUGGAGUCCGAACCUGUGAGGGAUGCAAAGGUUUCUUCAAGCGAACUGUGCAGAAAAAUGCAAAGUAUGUGUGCCUCACCAAUAAAGACUGCCCGGUGGAUAAGAGGAGGAGAAACCGAUGCCAGUUCUGCCGUUUCCAGAAGUGUCUUGCUGUGGGAAUGGUCAAAGAAGUUGUUCGCACAGACAGCCUCAAAGGUCGCAGAGGUCGCCUACCUUCUAAACCUAAGACCACGGUUGAGGCUUUGUCAACAACUCCCAGUGUGAACAUCAUCGCUUCUCUCAUCAGGGCUCAUUUGGACUCUGACCCGGGCAUCGAAAAGCUCGACUACUCCAAGUACCAGGAGAGGUCAGACAGUCUGAAAGAAAAGGAGGACGCCGGUGACAUCCAGCAGUUCUACGACCUGCUGACCGGUGCCUUGGAUGUAAUAAGAAACUGGGCUCAAACCAUCCCGGGAUUCAUGGACUUCUGUGCAGAGGACCAGGAGCUUCUUCUUGAGUCUGCCUUUGUGGAGCUCUUCAUUCUUCGUGUUGCAUACAGGUCGAAGCCAGAGAAGAACAAGCUGAUCUUCUGCAACGGCCUGGUCCUCCACCGGCAGCAGUGCGCCAACAGUUUUGGCGGCUGGAUCGACUCCAUCAUGGAUUUUUCACAGAGUCUUCACCGCAUGAACUUAGACAACUCUCUGUUUGCCUGUCUUUCAGCAUUUGUCAUCAUCACUGAUCGCCAUGGCCUGAAGGAGCCCAAAAGAGUAGAGGACUUUCAGAGCAACCUCAUCAGCUGUUUAAGGGAACACAUGAGUGGAAUUGGAUCGGAAGUGACACGGACGCAACCCAACUACCUGUCCCGUCUGCUAGGCAAGCUCCCAGAGCUGAGGACUCUGUGCACUGAGGGCCGGCAGCGCAUCUUUUACUUGAAACUGGAAGACUUGGUUCCUCCUCCUCCGAUUGUGGAGAAAAUCUUUAUGGAUACACUUCCCUUUUAAAAUAAAAACUGUGAUGAGUGUGACAAACAGUACAAGCAAAGGAAGCGAGAUGGCAGCAUUAAGAAGAACGGUUGUCCACAUCAGACGCUGACUGGUGGGCUACCAGGCAUGACAUUCUCUAAGAGACCAUCAUUUUUUACUAUUGCAUUUUGAAAGUGAAUGUGAUAUGUUUCAUGGCACUAAAAGGGAUUGACAUCAGUGCCGAAACUAUAUCAGCAUAUUUUUAGUAUGAUUUCUGUGAUUUGUAAAUUUACUUUGUUGCUAAGGUAGAUGUGUUAGCGUUAUUGUGUUCUGCAGCUUUUAAGAUCUGAAUUUCUUAGAAGACGGCAAUGCGGUGCUCCAGCGUACUCAGAAACACUAAUUUCUUAAGAGACUGGUUCACGAUCCCACUCUGAAGCUAAAACUUUAGCUUUAGCACAGAUAUAUUUCCUUAUACAUUUUAUAAAUUAUAAUUCUAUUUGUGCUUUCUUGGAAGGUUUUGGACCAAAGUUUAGCAAAGUAUUUAUUUUGAUACAAUCAUAUAUGAACCUUCUCGCCUUAAGCUAAAUAAAAAGGUCUGUGCUGCCUUUUUGGAGCAGCUUGCUAAAGCAGAUACUGCUGGUAAACUCCUUUCACAGUGGCUGCAACAUGUUUGUGCUUUAACAGUGAAACUAGAUGAUGUUCAGGAUAUAAAUACAAAGUGCCUUUAUAAGCCUUUAACCUCUAACUAACAUAAUAUGCCCACAUUCACGAUAGACAUAAAAUAAGUGUACAACAUCCUUCACAGUUAUUGGCAUCUCAAGAGCUAUAGAAAAGCCUUAAAUUAAAUUAUUGUUACAGUUUGUGACCUCAAGAUACAUUUCUUUGUUAAACUUCUUUAAGAUUAACAUUCAUCUGUCUUGAUUUUCUUGGUUUCUUGUUUUUCCCAUUUUGAUUCAUUUGCCAAAAAAGAAUGAGUCCCUGUUACGUCACCAUAGAGAAACAUAAAUUCAUAAUUUAAUGCUAACUAAAUGUUUCUACACAUACUAAUUAAUUUGAAAAGCAUGAAUUGUAAAUUAAAAACACUUAAUUUCUGUUUUAGAACGGCCACUAGGCGUGCCAUUAAAUGUGGAGGGUUCAGUGUAUCAGAGCUCCUGUUGAUAUAAAGCGACCGAGUCAUGUGUUCAUUCUGCAAUGACACGGUUAUUGAGUGAUGAAACGUCUGAGAUAAUAUCAUCCAGUUCACAUUCUCUUGAGGUAAUGAAAGUUAAAAGUGCAACUCCAUCUGAGAUCAAAAUAGAUCCAAGCAGAUGUCCACGUCUUCUUGUCCCAACAAUAGAAUCCAAAUUGUCUUGGUACAUUUUACAUACACAUCAUGUUUAAUUACAUUUUAACAGCCUCAUCUUGUAUUUCAGUUUCGUACAUAUUGAAUGUAGUUCUUGACUUUUCUUUUAAUCUUGUGGACUCACAGGGAAAUGUGACGACAAGAUGAGCAGCUAUAAAGACUGAUGUUCAUGCAGAACGAACAGUUCUUCUCUUACGGUUUGGUUCUUGUUUGGGUGUGUGUGCUCAGUGGAAAUGUUGCCAUAGCGUUUGUUAGAAGGGGCAAAAAUCCCAAAAGUCAGUCAUUGUCAUUUCUUUUUAAAUAAUUGCUCAAGAGAUUAUAUUUUGUGCGUCAUGUUGAUAAAAAAGUUUUUAACCUUGUGAAUAUGUA